AUGGAGGAUUUAAUUAUUGUUGCGGCAAGGCUGAAGAUACUUUCUAUACAGACUUGGGAAAGUCCAUCUGCUUUCACCUCGAUUAAGAAAACCCUUUUGUUGCUGGAGUUGGAAGUGAGCUCUAUUUUCGUGAGAACUUGGGUUGCGGUAUAUGGGAGGUCUACUGUUCCUCCACAAGCUGCAAUGCGGCACAAUGCCAUCACCUUUGUUGCAGCAAUGGAGAAGCAGGCUAUGAAAUAUAUUGACCAGACACCUGAUCUUGAGACCAAGAUUGUGCUUAUUAGGACCCUUAACUCUGUUGCUGCUGGGAAGUCAAGCCUUCUUAAUGCCGCUUUAGAAGAUAAAAAUCUCUCAGAAAUUCCCCAAUUAAGGUUGCAGCAGAAACAAUUGGUCACAAUGGAGGUUAUCCAAUUAACUACUCUUUGGAGUACUUUCAGAGAUGAAUUUGAGAAUGAGAAGAACAUGCUCGAAGGCGCACUCGUUGAGAAGGCAGCAGAAGAUCUUAGACGGAGAAUAAGCGAACAUGAAGCUGAGAAGCACCUCUCCAAAAUCGUUGUUUCCAAGUCCCUGGUGGGAAAGAUAGACCUGCUGAUGGGAGUUGUCUGUUUCCAGAUGACAAAGGAGAGCAAUGAUACUUGA